AUGCUGGGCAAAAUAAAGGAAAGAAUUUCAGAUCUAUACGGAAAACAUCAAUACCUUAUUGACAUUCUUCCAGAGUAUAAUAAAAAAGAUUUUGUGGCAGUACUCGAUAGAGAAACAACAGGGGUGGCACUUUGGUCAAAUGCUCUUUCUUGUUUAGCACGUUAUCUUAACGAGUGCUUUGGCAAGAGUUCCGUUAUUCUAAUCGACGAAUACGACUGGCCUAUGGAAAAUUCAAGAGGAUUUUAUGAUAAAUCUGACGAUUUUUUUAGAACAAUGUACUCAAGUAUAGCUAAGGAAAAUAGGAACGUGGAUAAGAUCCUGUUUGUUGGGACUUUCCCACUAAGACAAUCAAGCUUUCUUUCCGGAUUAAACAAUGUAGUGGCCUAUCCAAUGCAUGAAAGACCAAACCAUUCUGGCCGUGCUAUUUUUUCUGAUACAUUUGGAUUCACCGAAGAGGAAAUUAAGCAUUUGCUAGAAAAAAAACAUCAAAAUAAAAAACUUAAAGAGCUACGCCUUUACUAUAAUGGAUACCGAACGAGCACUGGAGUUCACAUUUAUAACCCACAUUCAGUAAUAUCGUGUCUAGAGAAAAAUGAAAUUGAUAAUUAUUGGAUCAAUAGCGGUUCUGCAACCACAUUUGAUCAAGAUGUGAUUGAGUCUGUAGGCCAAGAUGAGUCUGUAGUUAUCGGUAUGGAAUAUACGAAGACAAAUGAAAUAUACGAAUCAUUGUUUAAAAAAGAUAUUGUUACAUUUUGUAACAAAUUUCCAUUGCUCUAUAUGGAGUUAAUGUCUUGUUUUGAUAUUGCUGGUCUCAAAAAAGGUAAAUUACAUGAAACCUGGUACCAUAUAUUUGUUCUCGGAACACUCGCUAUGUAUCAUGGCGUUGAAUACCGGGUUGAAUCUAAUCGCGAAGCUGGGGAUGGCCGUCCAGAUGUCCGAAUCAUUCCAAUUAACCAAAAUAAAACCGAUAGCAUAACGUAUGAAUUUAAGCGUACUGAAAAUGAAGACUCCGAUAUAAUGAAACAUGCCACCAAAGUAGCACUAGAUCAAAUUUUUGACAAGUGUUACCGGAUGAGUCUUCCAAAUCAUGUUAAGGAAAUAGUUGAAGUUGGCAUAGCCUUCUGUGAUAAAGUAGCUUUUGUCUCAGCCCGUUGCCUAAAACGUAAGAAAGAAAUAAUUACAAAGAAUGAAGAUUGGGAAGUUGUUAGUGAAUGGGAAACUGGAAAGUUUAUUGCAAAUUGUGCACUUCAUUAA